AUGUCAUUGCCUUAUUUAAUAGAUGAUUGUGUUUAUGAUAUUUUACAAUACCUUCAAAAUGAUGGAACAACUUUAUUUAACUGUUUAUUAGUUAAUAGAUUUUGGUGUAAAACGGCAAUUCCUUUACUUUAUACAAAUCCUUUUGUAAUAAUAUCCAAAAAAAAAUACAUGAUAAUCUCAACCAUAAUUUUAUGUUUUAAUAAAGAAGAAAUUUUACAAUUAAAGAAUCAAUUAGGAAUAAAUCAAAUUAAUAAUAAUAAUAAUAAUAUUGAUUAUGAAGAACAUAAACCAUUAUUUGAAUAUUUAAAAUAUUUAGAAGAUUACAAUCACUCUAAAAUAAAGUCUUUUAUUAUUAUGUUUAUAAAUUAUAAUUUAGGUUUAUCGAUAUUUACAGAUAAAAUGUAUGAAGAUAUUAUUCCAAUAUUUCAUCAAUCAAUUUUACGUCAAAGUAGAAAUAUUAAACAAUUAGAUAUUUCAUUACAUUUAUUUUAUAAACAAGGUUUUAAAAAUUUUAAUGUUCAAAACUUUAUUUCAAAUUUAACAAAAUUAAAAUCAUUAAGUUUAUCAUUAGAUGAUAUCAUUAAUAAUGAAAUUAAACAAGAAUUUUUAGGAAAUAUAACUAAUAAUAGUUUAAAUUUGAGUAAAUUGAUAAUUAAGCUUACUCAAACUCGAGGGUCAGUCAAUUCCAAAAAUACUAUAUGGGAAAAUCUUUACAAAAUUAUUCAAGGGAAAAACAAACUUAAAAUAUUUAAGAUAUGGAAUUGUUAUUCUUUAUUAAAUAAUAUUAUUUUAUCCUUAGAAUUUCAAAAGCAUUCUUUAGUUCAUAUUGAAUUUAUAAGAUCAAACUUUAUUAACGUUAAUUUAAAAAGGUUUAAUAAUUUAUAUAAUUUAGAAUAUUUAAUAUUUAAAUCUUGUGAAGGUAUAUUAUUAAAUCAAUGUGAGAUUUUAAAUUUUGCUUCAUUUAAGCUCAAGGAAUUAUCAUUUAUACGUAAUAGAUGGAAUGAUGAUGUCACAUCUUUAAUGAUCAAAUAUCUAGGAGAAUCAUUACAAAGAUUAUUAAUUGAAAAUCCUACAAUUCAACUUAUUGAAAAUAUAUCAAUGUAUUGUUCAAAUCUUAUUUUUUUAGAAAUAAGAAUUUAUUUAUAUAUUGAUUUAUCAGUAUUAGAAUUUUUAAAAAAUUUAAGAAUAAGAAUAUUAAAUAUUAAUAUUUCUUAUAAUAUUGAUAAAUUUUUUAUAAAUUUAGCAAAUAAUAUACCUAUUAAUAUUAAUAAAAUUACUUUUACUAUUCGUCUUCGUGAAUCAAUCAAUUUUUUAAAACUUGAGGAAUUUUUAGAAAAUUGUCAUAAUAAUUUUGAAAUAAUUAAUUUAAAACAUAUUAUUGAAUUUAAAUUACUUAAAAUUAUUUUAAAUUAUAUUGAAAAAAGUAAUAAUAGUUUAAAAAUUCUUGGUGUGAUGAAAUUGAAUAAAAAAUUGAAUGAUGAGGAAUUAAAAUUAUUAAAUAGGAUUAAAGAUAAAGGAGUUGAAAUAAUGGAAUUUAAUAGUAUUCAUGAUGUUCAUAAGAUGUAUAAUAUUAGUAUUUAA